AUGGGUGCCCUCAAGUACGUGGAAGAGAUCCAAAAGAAGAAGCAGUCCGACGUGAUUCGCUUCCUGCUGCGUGUCCGUUGCUGGGAGCUCCGUCAACUGAACGCUAUCCACCGUGCUUCCCGUCCUUCUCGCCCCGACAAGGCUCGUCGUCUCGGCUACAAGGCCAAGCAGGGCUAUGUUGUCUACCGUGUCCGUGUGAGACGUGGUGGCCGUAAGAGGCCUGUGCCCAAGGGUGCCACCUACGGCAAGCCCACCAACAUGGGUGUUAACCAGCUCAAGUACCAGCGUGCUCUGCGUGCCACCGCUGAGGAGCGUGUCGGUCGUCGCUGCGCCAACUUGCGUGUCCUGAACUCCUACUGGAUCAACCAGGACUCCACCUACAAGUACUUCGAGGUCAUCCUCGUUGACCCCCAGCACAAGGCUAUCCGCCGCGAUCCCCGCAUCAACUGGAUCUGCAACGCUGUCCACAAGCACCGCGAGAGCCGUGGUCUCACUGCCACCGGCAAGAAGUCCCGUGGUAUCAACAAGGGCCACCGCUACAACAACACCCGUGCUGGCCGUCGUCAUACCUGGAAGAUCCACAACACCCAGAGCUACUGGAGAUACCGUUAG